AUGAGGCGCCUCGGCCUCGAUGAGGAGCAGUUGAGCAUCAAGUGGGCACCCUUGAAGCUCAACGAGGGCAAAGUCAAGUUCGGCGGUGGGUUCUACUGUGGUAAGAUCGACUCCUUGUUUGUCGUCAACGGAUUUUACAUGGCGAUGCGUGACGCCUACACUCGCCCAGGGAAGUCCGUGCACUGGUAUGUAGUCGAGUGGAAAGCCGCCGACACCUCCUGGGGUGAGUUCCGGCAGAACGUUCUGGGCGCGACACACCCAGAGGACGCGGUUCCCGGCUCGCUGCGGGGCUAUUUCCGCGACCACUGGAAGACCCUCGGCCUUAACGGCCCGCUCCACGUUGGCGAGAACGCGGUGCACGCGUCGGCCAGCGCUUUCGAGGCGAUGGUAGAGCGCAUCAAUUGGCUCGGCAUCUCGUUCGAGGACGACCCGCUCGGGCGGGAGCUGAUCCGCAGUCACGUGCCCGUCGCCACCCUGAAGAGCUGGUCGUCGGACCCGGUCGUGUCCUACGACGGCCGGGAGGCGUCUUUGUUCGACCUUUUCGAGAACCUCGGCUGUUCCGAGUCCAUCGAGCUGGCGACGGCGCUCCUCCGGGAUGGGCAGCCCGCGCCCUCGCUGGAGACAUAG